AUGCUUGUUCUUUUUCAGAUGACAGACAUCUUCUUCUUCCCCUUCCUCUUUGCUGUGUGGAUGGUGGCCUUUGGAGUGGCCAGGCAAGGCAUCCUGAGGAAGAACGAGCACUGCUGGGAGUGGAUCUUCCGAUCGGUCAUCUACGAGCCCUACCUGGCCAUGUUUGGCCAGUACCCUGAUGAUGUGGAUGGUACCACCUACAACUUUCACCGCUGCACCUUUUCUGGGAACGAGUCCAAGCCCCUGUGUGUGGAGCUGGAUGCCAACAACCAGCCCCGCUUUCCCGAGUGGAUCACCAUUCCCCUUGUCUGCAUUUCCAUGCUCUCAACCAACAUCCUCCUCGUGAACCUGCUCGUGGCCAUGUUUGGUUACACGGUUGGAUCAGUGCAAGAGAACAACGACCAGGUGUGGAAGUUCCAGCGUUACUUCCUGGUGCAGGAAUACUGCAGUCACCCGACCAUCCCCUUCCCUUUCGUCAUCUUUGCCUACGUGCUGAGGAAGUGUUUCAAGUGCUGCUGUCAGAAGGAAAGCAAAGAGCCAUCCAUUUGUUGUGGGAUGCAGGCGGUUUUGAGGCUAUCGGCACCAGAGGGCAGACGAGCAAGGUGGGAUGCAAGCAUUGCUUUGGACUAUCGGCACCGGAGUGCAGACGAGCAAGGGAUCGCCGCCAAGUACCUGAGGGGACGGUACCAAGAGCUGCAGCUCAUCAUUGACGCCCUUCAAGUCCAUGAGAGCUGA